AUGCCGCUCUCGAAGUACCUUAUACGGAACGAGUACAGCUUGGCGGAUCCCGAGCUGUACCGCGCCGCCGACAAAGAUGAUCCCGAAGCUCUUCUCGAAGCCGUCGCCAUGGCCGGUCUCGUUGGACUACUGCGUCAGCUCGGCGACCUCGCUGAGUUUGCUGCUGAGAUCUUCCAUGAUUUACAUGAAGAAGUAAUGGCUACCGCUGCAAGAGGCCACAGUCUUACAGCUCGUGUUAAACAGCUUGAGGCUGAAGUUCCUUCACUUGAAAAAGCCUUUUACUCUCAAACUCACCAUUCAUCAUUUUUUACUAAUGGAGGGAUUGAUUGGCAUCCCAAUCUUCAGUCUGAACAAAACCUUGUUACCGGUGGAAACCUACCUCGAUUGAUAAUGGAUUCCUAUGAAGAAUGCCGCGGUCCCCCAAGACUGUUCCUUCUGGAUAAGUUUGAUGUGGCUGGGGCUGGGGCAUGUCUGAAGCGUUAUACUGAUCCAUCAUUCUUUAAAAUGGAGUCAGCUUCAUCUGUAAGAGCCACUGUACAAGUCCACAGGGAAAGAAGAAUUCGUAAAGUCAAGAAGAAAGGAGCACGGCUAAGGGACGGUGAAACUCCUAAUGCUGUACCAACACAUUCAAAAUUACAUCAGCUGCUUCUUGAGGAACGUAUUGAGAAUGGUUAUAGUAAUCCAGCUCGCCUAGUGAAGCUGAAGAAAAGACAAUUGAAUGGACCUGCUGUUGAAGCAAAAUCUGGGAAAAGUUACAUGGAGAAAUUUCUAGAAACUCCCUCGCCUGAUCCAAAAAUGAUUUAUGAAACUUCAAUCUUUCCACUGCCUGUGAAACCGGCACCAGAUGAUUCUAGCGAAGCAGGGAUUAAAAUUCUUGAAAUCAGUAGCAUUGAAAAGUCGAUUGGAGAUGAAAACUCUUGUUCACCCCCUUAUGAGCCGGAGUUUGAACUUAACCAAUUUUCAGAAGAGGUUGGUGAGGCAAAUGGAGAUCUUGUGAUGGUGAAAGAACAAAUCUCAGUGGGUGUAAGGGAUGAAAUGUCUUUUAAUGAUGUCAAGGUGUCUGAUGAAACAGAAUUGGCAAUCAAUGAACAAAAGAAAAUAGAAGGCAGCUUAGUUAGGUACAAUUCUGAUGAUGUGACCAGUGAGGUUGACAACUACAUGGAUGCUUUAACUACCAUGGAGUCAGAAUUGGAAACAGACGAUGAGUAUAAACCUAAGAAAAGCUUCUUGAAUCUUAAAAAGGCAACAAAUGCCAAUAAUAAAGAACGUCAACUACAAGCUCGAUUUUCAGAUUCCCAAUCAUUUGGAGGCUCUUCAACAUCUGAUGACAUUAGCUCAUUCAAACAAGAGACAACUGAGGAAGAUAUUGAAGUGAAAGCUCGGUUAUCAGAUUCUCACUCAACUGGAACCUCCUCGACAUCAGACAAUAAUAACUCAUUCAGAGGAAAUGAAGACGAGCAUGUGGAACUGCAAGCUCACUUUUCAGAUUCUCAAUCUACUGGAAAGUCCUUUAUGUCAGAUUUAAAUAGUUCUUCCUUGAAAGAGAUUGAAGGCAUGCCAUCCAACCAACCUCCCGAAAUUGUUGAGUUUCAAAAUACAGAUAAUAGAAAGUUUGUCAUGCGUGAUGAUGCCCAUGUUCAUGAAGACGGGGUUUCUGACUCUCGGCAAACAAAUUCUGAGCUGUUGACUUCAGGAAAGAUGUUGUGUUCUGAUCUUGACCCUACCAAACCAGUGACGCAACCUGCAGUGACUCAGUCAGAUGAAAGCGUUUAUGACAAUAUUGAGCUUAAUAUAAGAUUAGGCAAUGGUGCCGACAGAUCAGAUGUUGUUGAAUCUGUUGCUUCCAAACCUUCUUCUCCCUCCCUUAUAGAAGAUGAUACGUGCCCCGUGUACUCUUCUGACAAAAUUUCAUCAGACAACUUGGUUGAUGACUCCCUUUGUAAUGAUUCACAAGAAGGUUCCCUUUGUCCAUCCAUCAAAGAAUUAGACUUGAAUUCAGGUCUUAAUGUGGUGCUUGACCGCCUAGACUCAAAAGAUGAGGAUUGUAUUGAUAUUGCACGCCAACUUAAUCCAACUGUUGUGAAGGUUCCUCCAGUGAGUUUCCUUAAUGGCGAGCUAUCUUCUGGUAUAACUCACAAUAAUCCACAGGAUGGACUGGGCUCAACAGAAGUUGAAGUUCAGUUUUCUGAUCUUCAAUCAAAUGAUGUAAACAUACCUAAAAUGGUGCAUGGCGAUGAAAUAAAUGGAUUCAGCAGCAGUGUUGAUCCUGUUGAAGGUGAUGGUCAUAUAGAAAAUCCAUCUUAUAAUCAUGUGAUGGUAAAUGGUGCGAUCACUGAAAUUGUUGAGUCAAAAGAUCUACCCGAUCCUUCUGUUGAUAAUGCUCAAAAUGAUGUGGGUAUCAUUACUUGUCCAGCUUCAAGUAUGAUUUGUUCUCCAUCAAGAAGCCUUUCGAAUUCGCAAGAACUAGUCCACGCAUCUUCAGACUCUUAUCAGAUGGAAUCCAAUGAAGUAGGAUUGACUCAAAUUUCCAUGGACUCAAAUACAGAGAUGAGCGAGAGUCAAUUGGCACCAUUGUCAGAUACGACAUCUAAUAUCAUGUUUUCUCGAAUGAGUAAUCUCACAAAAUUAGAAGAAUCUGUUUCUGCUUUUUCAGAUCCAAAUGAGAAAGAGACAGAAGACCAUGAGGCAGUUGCUAGAGAAUCUUUGACAGCACAUGAGGCAGGUCAUCCAGAACUUGUUUCUUCAGAUGUACCAAUGAACCUUAACAAAUUGGUGCCUUGUGAUCCUCCAGAUUUGGGAAAUAGUAUUGAAAAGUCACCUCCUAGGAAGAAAAUCAUACAGAGUGUUUUCCAGGAUGAUGCGAAAAUGGUGCCUGGAUUUUCUGGGUUUGACGCCCGGCAGUCAGAAUCUAUUAGUUAUGGUCAGAAUGACAGAAAUAGUUUUUCAUCUACACCUGAUAACAAGUUGGAGUCUGAAACUUAUUUAGAGCCACACUUGCAAUCUCAACUUGAUGAACAGAAUGGAGAGUUUUCGCUCAAAUAUGAGGAAAACUUUUCCUCUGAGAAAUCUCAAUCUCAGCAGAUGCAUAUAAAUCAAUUGAAACAAGAAGACACACAUGCUACUUCUGAAUCUGUCUCAGAAGCCCCUGCCGAUGAAUCACCAUCAUUUUAUUCUUCAGCACAGUCAUCUGGCCUGGAAAUUAACCCUACAGAAUAUGUCACAGAUCCAUUGAAGCCUCUUCUGCCUGAUCUCUUUCCUAAGGAAACUGAAAACAAACUUGAUGAGAUGCCACCUAUGCCUCCUCUACCUCCUAUGCAAUGGAGAAUGGGCAAGGUUCCACAUGCUUCCCUAGAUUCACACAGAGAGGAGUUAGAAGUUCAUCCGGCUUCAGUUCAACCAAUCCAGCCAGUUAUGCCAGAUACGAAGUCUCAAUUUGGCUUUACAGCUUCUGAUGGAAAUACCCUAUUUCAUCAGAAUCCAUUUUUGCCAGUCAUGGCUUUGGAAAGUGAUAAGCUCCAACAUUCUUCUGCCGUAGGUGUUUCAGGGCACCCAGUUGCUUUACCUUUUCAGUUUCCUAUUGUGGUUAAUGAAGCAAAUGGUCAGUAUAAUUACUUAGUGCUGGACAGAAACCAGAUUCAGAACCCCUUGUUAACGCUGCCCAUGGUACCUACGAUGCAUCCACCUCUUGGUUACGUUGUUGCUUCUGACGGAGAAGUGGUACAGACUUUAAACCCUUACGCACCAAUACUACCUGCUGCAUACACUGCAUCUGGACAUGAUUCCACAUCUCCACAAGUGGACCCAUUUCAACAUCCAACUCAAGUAAUGACAGAAAAUAGUGCAGAUGAUAAAACACUUGAGCAGCCUAUAAAUAAUGUAGUGUGUAGGGAUGAGCCUCCAAACAGUCAUGUUAUUGCUUCUGAUGGAGAAAUGGUACAUAAUUCAAACCCAUUCCUUCCAAUACCACCCGUCGAAUGUUCUAACUCAGGACAUGAUUCUAUCUCUCCUAUAGAAAACGUGAGUGAAUCUCCUAGUCAAUUAAUGACUGAAACUAGUUCAGAUGAUACGACACUUCCGCAGCCUAUGAAUAAUGUUAUAUCUAUGGACAGUCACAUUGUCAUUUCUGAAGAAGAAACGGUGCAAAAUUUUAAUCCAGGCCCUCCUGUACUAUCAGCUGAAUCUGCUGUUUCUGACCACGAUUCCAUCUCUCCGCAAGAAAAACUAACUCAACCUCCAACUCAUUUACUGAGGCAGACUAGUUUGGAAGUUAAAACGCCUAAUCAUUCUGUAAGUAAUGUAGAAGGGGAACAGGGACGAUUGGGUAUUUCACUCAUGUUGCCACCAAACAUGGAAAAUGUAGAGCUAAAUCAGAGUUUCCAGCCCUUUGAGGGGGAAAUGUCUUCCUUGGGUCCAUCUGCUCAAACAUCAGAUUUUGAGAGUGAAAGAACAAAUGUAAAACCAAGGCAUAAGAUUCCUCGUCCUCGAAAUCCUCUAAUUGAUGCUGUUGCUGCUCAUGACAAAAGCAAGCUUAGGAGGGCUACUGAACGGGUUAUGCCUCAAAUAGCACCAAAGGUAGAUGAAAGAGAUUCAUGGUUAGAACAGAUAAGAACAAAGUCCUUCAACUUGAAACCUGCUGUUGCUAAACGACCUAGCAUUCAAGGUCCAAAAACAAAUAUGAAGCUUGCUGCCAUCUUGGAGAAAGCUAAUUCAAUUCGCCAGGCUUUGGCUGGAAGUGAUGAAGAUGAUGAUGCGGAUAGUUGGAGUGAUUCUUGA